CUCAAAUAUAUAGCAUCAACAACAACCACCGAGCAGUUCCUGGUUCCUGUUUUGAAGUAUUUGAAAUUUCCAUCAAUAGGAACAUAAGAGACUUGAACAAGAUUUCUCUUCAUAUACAUGAUGAAUGAGGCUGAAUCAAAAAGCUGGAAUGUUAAAUGGGUUGCUGGAUUAAGAGUUUUGAUCUCUUUUCUUCUUGUUGUUCUUCUCUUUUCAGCCCCAGUUACAUGUUCCCAUCAAAAUGCAGACCAAAACACAACCUCAGCAUCCAACAAAACCUCAGCAUUUUAUGAACAUACUUGGCCGGGGAUGGAGUUAGGGUGGAAAAUAACAAUGGGCACCAUAAUUGGAUUCCUAGGAUCAGCAUUUGGUACUGUGGGAGGUGUUGGUGGGGGUGGCAUAUUUGUGCCAAUGCUUACUCUCAUAAUAGGAUUUGACCCAAAAUCAGCAACUGCAAUAUCAAAAUUCAUGAUUACUGGUGGAGCAGGAGCAACUGUUUUCUACAAUAUGAGGCAAAGACACCCAACCCUUGACUUGCCUGUGAUUGACUAUGACCUAGCACUUCUUUUCCAACCAAUGUUGAUGCUUGGAAUCAGUAUUGGAGUUGCUUUCAAUGUGAUUUUUCCUCAGUGGGUGAUAACAACUUUGUUAAUAGUACUUUUCACAGGCAUUUCAAUUAAAGCAUUCUUAAAGGGCGUCGACACAUGGAAACAAGAAACCCUUGCUAAGAAGGAAGCUAAGGUGAAUUCACAGAUAAAUGAUAUUGAAAGGAUUGAAGAUGCUACGCAUGAUCUUCAAAGAGGAGACCGGGUCAAUGAGAGUCACAACAAAACCAGUCAAUCAAGGAAAAAAGUUUCUGUUGUUGAAAAUAUUUAUUGGAGGGAACUUGGACUUCUUUUAUCUGUCUGGCUCUUGAUACUUGCAUUGCAGAUAGGAAAAAAUUACACAACAAAUUGCUCGGUGUUAUUUUGGAUACUGAAUUUACUACAGGUCCCUAUUGCUGUAGGAGUGAGUUCAUAUGAGGCUGUGCUUUUAUACAAAGGGAAGAGAUUCAUAACAUCCAAGGGUGAUCAGAAAACAAAUUUGCAAAUUCACCAGUUAUUUGUGUACUGUGUUCUUGGCUUAAUUGCUGGUAUGGUUGGUGCCUUGCUUGGUGUUGGUGGAGGAUUCAUCAUGGGCCCCCUUUUCAUUGGACUAGGAGUUCAUCCCCAGGUGUCAAGUGCUACAUCCACUUUUACAAUGACAUUUUCUGCAUCUAUGUCAGUGGUGGAAUAUUACCUUCUGAAACGUUUUCCUCUUCCUUAUGCUCUUUACUUUGUAGCUGUAGCCAUUGCUGCUGCACUUGUUGGGCAGCAUUUAGUGAGAAAGCUGAUUGCCAUAUUGGGGAGAUCAUCUGUGAUCAUUUUCAUCCUAGCUGUCACAAUUUUUGUGAGUGGAAUAUCACUAGGAGGAGUAGGCAUAGCAAACAUGAUUGAAAGAAUUGAAAAGAAGGAGUACAUGGGGUUUGAAAACCUUUGCACGUACGGGGACAGAACUUUUCAAGAGGAUUAGUUUAGAAGUGUAGUACUUUACGAUAGUUGCAUUUUCAGGGCUUUUGUAACUUUGUAUUAAAAAUUUACCAGACAAGUUUAACUGUUUGAAUAAUAAUUUAUGACUGUUGCAAAGUAGAAUAGUUA